AUGUUGCUUUCAAAGGUUCUUGGUGUAAUUGUCAUCGCCCGAAAUGGAGAUCGCUACAACUACUAUCAAGACCCGUUGACAUAUGCUGGAUCUAACACGGAGACCACUGCUCUCGGCGAGGUCCAAUCCCACAGCCUUGGCUCCCUCAUCCGGUCGACCUACUUCGACAGUUCCUCUCCUUCCUACAUUGAAGGAAUUCGUUCUGACCUCGUCGACAACAACGAAGUGAAAGUCCGUGUCAAAGCUGGUGUCGAAGGCACCGUCGUCUUUGAUUCUGCCAUUGCCCUCCUCCAAGGGCUCUUCCCUCCCAACCCAAACAACAAAAUUGUUCUUGCCAAUGAAACCACCAUCGUUGCUCCUCUCGGAGGUUACCAAUACGUCCCUGUUGAGACUGUUGAGCCUGGCAAUGAUCGUUCGCUUGAAAGCUGGACCAACUGCCCCAACUUUGAAAAGCACACCAAAGCUGUCUAUGGUUCUGAUGACUUCAAGACCAAAUCCCAGGAGGCGUCAUCUUUCUUCAAUGCCGUAAGGGACUACGUCUUUGGUCGCCCAACUACCCUGCAGAACGCCAUCUACGAUUUUAUCAACUCAGAGCUUACUCACAACAAAACCUAUGCCCACCGUCUCCCUCCCACUUUCCUUGAGCAGGCGCGCCACUGGGCCAACUAUCACGAGCACAGCGUCUUCAGCGACAAUGACAUUGCUGGCAUUGGAAACAUUGCUGGUCGCACUCUUCUCCACACCGUUCUCGAGUCUUUGGAACGCAUUGCUUUCAAUGGUGACCCACUCCAAUUCAUGUUAGUUGAGACGACCUAUCAGCCAUUCCUUUCUCUUUUCCAACAAACCGGCAUCACCAAGGACCGUCCUGACCUUUCAGGAUUCCCCGAUUACGCAUCUGCCCUCGCCAUCGAGCUCCGCCGUGGAUCGCCCCCAGAUGUCCGCGACUUCCUCCGCAUCCGAUUCAAGAACGGAACCUCCCAUGGAUUUGAAGAUGUCCACGUUUUUGGCCACAACGCUGAUAUCCCAUUCACAGAAUUUGUCUACCGCGCUGAGGGUGGUGCCAUUACCAGCAACAAGCAGUGGAUGGAAGUUUGCGGAAUCAAGUCCCCGUCCAUGGAUAUCCUUUCCGUCCCCGCGUUCUCCGACCACGCUUUCACUUACGUCGUAGCCUGCAUCGCGCUCGGCGGGUUGCUGUUCAGUGCCGCUUUGGCUGUGAAGAAACGCCGCGCUGAGAAGCGUCGUCUCAGGCUCCUUGGUUCCGAGGUGAGUCAGGUCGUUUUCGCGGACUAUGGCUCUGUGGUGUAUUCGACGAGAAAUCAGAGGGAUAUUCCUAUAUCUACUCUCAAUGAUUCGUUCGGAGAGCAUUCAUUUGCCGGCGUGGAUUAUUAUCCUGAAAAUCCGGUGUGGAUUCUUUGA